AUGGAGGUCCUAAGAAGGCUCAUUUUCUUGGCCCUUUUAAUAACCUCAUGUCUGGCAGAUCCGAAUGUGUCUGAAGUUGAAGGCAGAUCAGACUGCACUGCCAGCCUGGGAGGUGCCAAUUUGGCAGACACACACAACGCCAUGAUCCUGCAACUCAAGGCCAGUGAGAACUGCACUUGGACAAUAGAAAGACCAGAAAACAAAAACAUCAGAAUCAUAUUUUCCCACAUCCAGCUGGAUUCGGAGGGAUCAUGUGAAAGUGAAAACAUUCAGGUCUUUGAUGGAAGCUCUACCAAUGAACCUCUUCUAGGGGAAGUCUGCAGUGAAAAUGACUUCGUUCCUGUCUUUGAGUCAUCUUCCAAUACAUUGACAUUUCAAAUAAUCACAGACUCUGCAAGCAUCCAAAGAUCCGUCUUUAUCUUCUAUUACUACUUCUCUCCUGACAUCUCUCUUCCAAACUGUGGUGGUUACCUGAACACUUUGGAAGGAUCCUUUACCAGUCCCAAUUACCCGCAGUCACAUCCUGCGCUGGCUUAUUGUGUGUGGCACAUACAAGUGGAAAAAGGUUACAAGAUAAGAUUAAACUUCCAAGAGAUUUUCCUAGAACCAGAUGAUCAGUGCAGAUUUGAUUUUAUUGCUGUUUAUGAUGGCUCCUCUACCGAGUCUGGCCUGAUGGGACAAGUCUGUGGCCGUGUGACACCCACCUUUGAAUCUUCCUCAGACUCCUUGACUGUCGUGCUAUCUACAGAUUAUGCCAAUUCCUACCGGGGUUUUUCUGCUUUCUACACUUCAAUUUAUGUAGAAAAUGUCAACACGACAUCUCUAAUUUGUGACUCUGACAAGAUGAGAGUUAUCCUAAGCAAAUCCUAUCUAGAGUCAUUUAACUAUAAUGAGAAUAACUUACAACUAAAUGACCCAACUUGCAGACCGAAAGUAUCAAAUGUUGUGGAAUUUGUUAUCCCUCUGGAUGAAUGUGGUACAGUCAAAAAGGUUGAAGACCAUUCAAUUACUUACACCAACAUAAUCACCUUUAUUGUAUCCCCGACUUCUCCGGUGAUCACCCGUCAGAAACAUCUCCAGAUUGUUGUGAAAUGUGAAAUGGAAUAUAAUUCCACUGUGGAGAUAAUGUACAUAACAGAAGACGAUGUAAUACAAAAUCAGAAUGUGCUGGGCAAAUACAAUACCAGCAUGGCUCUUUUUGAAACUAAUUCAUUUGAAAACCCUAUAUUGCAGUCACCAUAUUAUGCAGAUUUGAACCAAACUCUUUUUGUCCAAGUCAGCCUGCAUUCCUCAGAUUCAAACUUGGUGGUGUUUCUCGAUGCCUGUAUAGCCUCUCCUACGUCUGACUUUGGUUCUCCAACUUACGACUUGAUUAAGAGUGGAUGUAGUCGAGAUGAGACCUGUAAGGUGUAUCCCUUAUCUGGACACUUUGGAAGAUUCCAGUUUAAUGCGUUUAAAUUCUUGAGAAGUUUGAAUUCUGUGUAUCUGCAGUGUAAGGUUUUGAUAUGUGAUAGUGGUGACGCCCAGUCUCGCUGUAGCCAAGGCUGUGUUACUAGAAGGAAACGAGAUACUUCUUCAUACAAGUGGAAGACUGAUUCUAUCAUAGGACCCAUUCGUCUGAAAAGGGAUCGCAGUGCAAGUGGAAAUUCAGGAGUUCUGCACCAGGCACCUGCAGAAGGAACUUGGAGGCAGUCUUUCAAUGGUCUGCAUCUGUUUUCAUUCAUGGUCCUCGCUCUGAAUGUAGUGAUUGUGGUUGCAAUCACAGUGAGGCAUUUUGUAAAUCAGCGAACAGACUACAAAUACCAGAGGUUGCAGAACUAUUAACUAGCUGAUUUAGCUCUAAGCAAGACAAAUCUCUCCCAGUAUGCUGAAAGAAAUGAUCUCUCAUGGCUACCCAGGAUAUGAGCAAAGUAGGAAUGUCCUGAAAAAGUGAUACACAGACUUUUAUGUCACUGUGUCAGUAUAUUUCAUUAAAA